CAGUCUGAAUAAUCUAUCAAAGAACACUUAUUCAACAGUAUCGUUUGAAUCUGGAUGUAAAAAAUGAAAAUGAAACGCUGAUAUGACAUCAAACUAAAUAUUUCAGUCUUGAACAAAUCAAUGUUUCUUUUCGAUAUAGUGUCAUCUGAGCUGCCGAUUUGUGUGUCUAAAUUGUAGACCUGUCGACUGAUUGCGGAAUAGUCGAUAUCUCCUGGGCCUCUGAUAAGCCGCAGACGACUGCACAGCUACGUUUUCAGUGAAAGUAGCUAAAUAAUCGAUGGAUAAUUGGGAGAAGUUGAGAAGAAAGAGAAAAUGACAGAUUACGGAGAGGAGCAGCGGAACGAGCUGGAAGCCAUCGAGUCCAUCUAUCCGGACUCAUUUACAGUACUGUCAGAAGAUCCAGUGAGCUUCACAAUUACCGUUGCCUCAGAUGCAGGGGAAAACGACGAGACGGUGGAGGCUACGCUGAAGUUCACAUAUGUGGAGAAAUAUCCAGACGAGCCGCCACUUUAUGAAAUCUAUUCCCAGGAAAAUCUGGAUGAGGCUGAUGUCCAGGACAUCCUGAGUCUUUUGCAGCAGCAGGCCGAAGAAAACCUGGGCAUGGUGAUGAUCUUCACCUUGGUGACAGCUGUGCAGGAAAAACUUAACCAAAUAGUCGACCAGAUAAAGAACAGAAGAGAGGAAGAGAAGAGGAGAAAAGAGAAGGAGGCAGAAGAAGCAGAGAAGGUUGCAUUCCAGGGCACUGUGGUAACAAUUGAGAACUUCCUCUCAUGGAAAGCCAAAUUUGAACAGGAAAUGGCAGAGCUGAAGAGGAAGAGACAAAAGGAGGAAGAGCAAUCUGGGAAGGCCAAGCUCACUGGAAAACAACUUUUUGAAACAGACCAUAACCUUGACACAUCAGAUAUUCAGUUUCUGGAAGACGCUGCGAACAGCGUGGAGGUGGAUGAGUCCCUGUUUCAGGACAUGGAUGAUUUGGAUCUGGAAGAGGAUGACCCAGACUUUGACCCUGUGGGUCUUGGGAGUGAUGAGGACUAAGAGGAGAAAGCAAAAUACUGGAGGAUGGGGUGAAAACCUGUCCUGAUGUCACGUGACCAUAGCCAGGUCCAACCCAGCAUGACCACUCUAACUCUCUUCAAAACAUGGACUCAAUCCUCUUUUGGCUGUAAUAAGUAAUGACAAGUUCAAAAGGCAUUCACACCCCCUUGUUUAUUCAGUGCAUACUUCAUCCUCCACCUGCUAUUAAAUCCAACAGAUACAUUCAAUUA